GGAGGGGCUGAAGGCGCUGCGCAGCGACAGCCCGCAGGAGUUCAUGGACGACUCGGACGACGAGGAGGACGGCCCCGGGGGGGACUGCGUGAAGAAGUUGAUCAAUCACGUCAAGGGCGACCACUCCGUGGUGGAGCGGCUGGAAAACCGGCUCGACAUCUGCGAGAAUUGGAUCACUUGGGCGGGCUACUCCGAUGCGGACAUGAGGCGGCCUGACGGGGAGCUCGCCUACGCCAGCAUCGAGGACCUGCUGGUGCGCGUGAUGCCCGAGAUUAGUCAGCCCUUCCGGGACAAUCGUAAGGACUUCGACAAGGUCAACGAGCUGGAGGCCUUCUACCUCGCCAUCGGCGAGAACGAGGACAACUUCAGCAAGGGGACCCUUGUCAAUUGCGUGGUCCAGAGAGACGACGAGUAUGACGAUAAAAAGCCCGACAAGCCAGCUGACGGCAAGACGUUAAAGGUCCACGUCGAGGUGAACCCUUCCGAGGUGCGAGGCUCCUUCCCGAAGAUGUACCGCGAGGGGGACGACAAAGCAGGCUACAUCGCGGGCUGCGAGAGAAAAUUCGACGUGAAAGGGCACGUGCGAGCCCGCGUCGUCAUGAUGCUCGUCGGCGAUGGAGACGGCAUGAGGCCCUGGUCGGUCAGCCUCUCUGUGAACAAGACCGACAAGACGUGGGAGCAGGA